GCACACGUCGUCGAGUAAAGUUGUAUAUGUUAAAUGAUGAACGACAAUGGGAUGACAAAGGUACUGGUCAUGUGUCAGCCUUGUAUACUGAACAGGACAACAUGGCUCUAGUAGUAAUUUCGGAGACAGAUGGGUCCUAUCUUCUUGAGUCAAAAAUACAGCCAGACACGGCUUAUCAGAAGCAGCAAGAAACAUUAAUUGUUUGGUCAGAAGGCGAAAAUAUGGAUUUAGCUUUAUCUUUUCAAGAAAAAGUUGGGUGUGAUGAUGUAUGGGAAAAAAUUUGUGCAGUACAAGGAAAGGAUCCAUCUGUAGAGAUUACUCAGGAGGUCAUCGACGAGUCAGAUGACGUCGACGACACAGAUGGGUAUACCCCUACAAUGAUGCAAAGUAUUCAACCUCUUAGUCUCCCACCUUGUGAACUAAGCCGUCUUGAAGAAAUUGUUGAUCUAGUUAGUCAGGCUGUCGCAUCACCUCCGAAACGUGAGCGAUUAGUUGCCUUUUUAGAGUCUACUAAUUAUCUCCAUCAAUUAGUUGAUGUUUUUCACAAAGCAGAAGAUCUGGAAGAUGCGGAAUCAUUGCAUCAUCUUUACGAAAUAAUGCGACAACUUAUAUUGAUAAACAAGCAUAGCCUCUAUGAAAAUUUAUUUGCUGAUGAUAUGCUGUUGGAUGUAAUUGGCAUCCUAGAAUACAAUCCUUCUGGGCGCACCAAACAUCGUGAUUUUCUUAGAAAUAAAGCUACUUUCAAGGAAGUGUUGCCUCUGCACAAUGCAGAUUUGAUAACAAAAAUACAUCAAACAUAUCGUGUUCAGUAUAUACAAGACUGCUGUCUACCACCUCCUUGUUUAUUCGACGAACAUACUCUUUCCCAACUUAAAGCGUUUGUUUCUAUAAACAAGAUGGAAAUUAUACGAGCUCUUCAGGAAGAUGAAGAGUUUAUGUGUCGACUUUUUACACGUUUAAAAGCAGCAGAUACAGAUAUCACCCAUCGCAAAGAUCUAUCGCUUUUUGUUAAGGAAUUUUGUAAUAUUUCUAUACAAACAGAUCAAAAAGAAAGUUUUCUGAGUUGCUUACUUCAACAUGGAGCACUAAGAACGGCUGAAGUACUGCUUGCAAUUGAUGAUCGAGAUAUAAAAUCAGCAGCUCUUGAAAUUCUUCAGGGAUUUAUUGAGCACCAACCUUCGGUUGUACGUGAAUAUGUCUUCAGAGAGACUGCUCCAUUUCGAAAAGAUGAUGAACUACUCAUUAAUCUUAUGAUAAGUCAAUUACUUACUGACCCAGAUCCUGAGCUUAGUGAUGCUUUCCUUUUGGGUUACAUGUUACGCAUUCUUAUCGAUCCAGACAAUAUGAACAAUUCCGGUGUCCGUAGCGAGAAAACAGAUUUCCUCAGUUUUUUCUAUAAGCGAUGUAUCAAUACACUUGUACGUCCAUUAUUUGAUAAUACUGCAAAAGAUUCACUGGAAAAAGACGAUUAUCACACGGCAUUAGUUUUAAACCAUAUCAUUGAGCUGCUCACAUUCUGUAUUGAAACGCACACAUAUCAUAUGAAAAAUUACUGUUUUAAUCGCGAUCUUCUAAAACGUGUUCUCGUUUUAUUACAAUCAUCUCAUAAAUUCCUUGUAUUAGCUGCUGUACGCCUUCUAAGACGUGUUGUUCAUAUGAAAGAAGAAUUUUAUAAUCGUUAUUUAAUCAAAAACAAUCUUUUCAAACCAGUCUUGAAGCUUUUCGUUUCUAAUGGAUAUCGUUACAACCUGUUGGACUCAGCGAUUAUCGAACUUUUUGACUAUAUUCGCUCUGAAGAAAUAACUUCACUAAUUACCCAUAUAGUAGAAAAUUACUGGGACAUUUUGAAGAAUAUAAAUUAUGUGCAAACGUUUACUGAUCUAAAACGAACAUAUGACCAUAGUCAUCGUUCAGUCAGACCUGUCGUUGGAACUGUGACCCAACAAGCGACAAUAGAUGUGCUUUCUUUAGCUUCUACCCGUUUUCAACGUGACGCACGUGCACUUGAAAUGGAAGAAGAACAGUGGUUUGAUCAAGAUGAAGAUGAAGAAGAGGAAGAAGAUGGAGACAAUCUAUUAUUUCCGCAACAGUCGUCAACAUUGCUCAAUAGAACAACAAAUGCUUCUGCUAGUGCGAGUGAAUCUGCUAUGGGAAAUGGUCUGUCAAAUCUCUCUUCAUAUGGACUACAUUCUGUAAUCACCACUUCAUCGGAUUUGUUGGGUAUUGUUACAUCCGCAAAUACACAGUCUAGUUUUGUCUCUUUAUCAUCGUCGGUCACACCAAGCAAUUCCAGCCUUGACUCAUGUGCUAGUGUUCUGCCUCAUUCACCCAGUUUCCCACCAAAAGCUGUUAUGGAUAACUUAACAGACAAUUUAUGCAUAACUUCACGUUCAGGAUCCCUAUGCGAUAGACUUCGUUUACGUCCUCACUCUGUUCUCCUGAAUGAUGACAAUGAGUCUUCUGCAGCACGUCUUAAUUUCGGUCGUCAAACUCCUAUAGCAAUUCAUAUCAAAUCAUCUAUAUGUAGAGGUCAAAUCGAAACAAUAAAUGACGCAUUUGAAGUAAGUGGUCGAUUAAGUCCAUCUAUAUCAGCGUCAGACACCAAUUUGUCGAAUGCCAAAAAUUCAAAACAUACUAAUGAUAAUGAAUGUAAAGAGAAUGUUACUCGUCCAAAUGCAAGUGAUGUACAGAACUCAUCAGUAUCGAGUUCUUUUAUGACUGAUAUUUCUCCAAACAUGAAGCGAAAUCAUAUUGAUUCUCUUGUUGAAAAUGAGGACUGCAAUCUGGUUCAGGUAAAACGCUUUAAAAAAUCUAAACAGUCAAGUAACAAGUCAUCCCAAGAUUCUCACUUAUACAAAGAAACAAUGAACUUGGAAAAUAGGUACUGUGAUAGAAUUCCUCACGAUACUACAAGGUCAUUUGGGGUAGGUCAAAUUAGUAAUUAUUGUAAUUUUGCAUUAGUCCGGUGUUUAAGUGAGUAGUUGCUCGUUUUAGAUUCUCUUCAUUCUCAUCGAAAAUAUAUUUGCUAUGUUUGUGAAAUAUCUAUUAGUGAUUGGAAUUGCAUUUCAGUGGUCCAAUAUGUGUAAAGAUUUAAUCUUGCUUUUAAAUCUGAAUAUUCAGAAGCAAAUUGACGUCAAUGUAAUUCAUCAACACCACCUAUUUCCGUUUCAAAUGUACGAUGAUUAAUGUUGUCGAACUAUGGUUACCCAACUGGAUAAACUGAUAAGCUACAGUUUUGGAAAUUUAAAAUAUGCAUGGAAAAAAAUGAAAAUUCUGUCAUGAACUUUGAGAGUUAGAAGUGUUCAAAAAUGCAGUAAUGAGAAUUAUGUAAAUUUGUAGCACUCCAAAGAAUUAGAUUAACUGGUCUGUUUGAAGGUUAGGAUAAUUGACAUAGCCGUGUAAUAGUACUCAAUUUUACAAAAUUACAAGAUAGAGAUACAUUUUCAUAGCCAAAAUACUGGUGUAUGAAUCGUUCUGUAUAUAAAGUGAUUCGGCUGCACGAACUAAAGUAAGAAUGGAAAGGACCGAACCUGGAAGUUAGUCCAGAACAGUUGGACGGCUUAAGUGUAAAGACACUGCCUCAGUUUGGUCAAAGUAGUCUUUAAUGCUACUUAUUCCCCUCGAAUUCUGAAACCUAUUUGUUAACCUUUUAUUUAUUUUAAACCCUCUAUAUCAACCGCCUUAGCUUAAGCUGCAGAUGUAUUCUUCUACUUCUAACUAGAGGUAUUGUUUUUCACCCUAUUGUUCUGGCGCAUUUUGGGACUAUCUACAUUUCCAAUUUUUUGUGGUCACUAAAUACAUGAUCAGUAAAUUUCUAAGAACAAACCGAAAUUUCAUAGUAAGUUCAAAAAGCUUAUCUAGGGUCAGAGGUAUUAGGCCGCGAUAUAUGAAAUGUCAUAAUGCAGGCUGCGAUUAAUUAAUAUGAAUACUACAUUUUACUUAUCUCAUGCUUAUAGAUUAUGGAAGCUGACCCACUAUCUCCUAUUGGCUUGGUGGAUUAUUCAGAUGAAGAAAGUGAAGAAGAGGAACAAAUGAAAGACAAGAACGACCACAGUCAUUUCGAAGAAGAUCAGGCAUCAAAUAAUGACAUUGAUGAGUCACAUCACAAUAUAUCUGAUGUUUCGUCUAGUCAGGUGGUGACAGAUGUAGUCUAAAAUUGUACAGAGUUAUUAACCAAUCAUUCCUUACUUUUUACAGAACUGACGAAACGUCGAAAUGAACCAUUUUCGUGCCUUCGUCUUACAGUUUAAAAGUUUUUUGACAAAAAGGAUUUCAUCAACCAUUCAUGUUGAGAUGUUUAAGAUAUUGGCUCUGUUUGCGGUUAUUUGUCAUUUUCACUUUAAUUUCCAUCUUCAGUAAAUGCGCCAAAAUUCUAAUCGUUCCUAUCUGUCACUCAGUGCGCAUUUUGUACAUAGUAACAUUUCGUUGAUUGACUGGAUAAUCUAAAAGUUACUUAAUGUGAAAUGUUUGUAAAACCAGUGGGCAUUUGCCUUUUGUAAAUGCGCUUUGUUUUUAAUAAUGUUCAUUGUAGACACAACUCACUUCUUACAUUGUUUCAGGAUUUUUUCAUACCAUCAAUUGAAAUGAAUAAAUCACAUGUCUUAAUACUGAGCUGAUAUAUUUUAUGUCAGGCUGUGUUGAUAAAAUAGACGAUCGCACAAUCACAGCCUUUCUGGCUGUGUUUAGUUUUUUAAUACACCAGUAAUUUGGUAUACAAUAAACAGUUGACCUAUUCAAAA